UAUUUUAAAAUAAUCAAUACUGUGAAAGAAUUCACCGGUGCUUUCAAGAGGCGAUAAUAUUGUUUCGCUUGUCAUGAUUGAAAAAGAGAACCAAAUCUGUGUUCUGUAUGGCAGUCAAACUGGUACAGCUCAAGAAGUCGCUGAACAAAUCGGACGGGAUGCAAAGAAACGACAUUUCUCGACAAAAGUUCUUCCUUUGGAUGCAUACCCCCUGGCCAAUUUAAUUCAUCAGCGCUUGGUUGUAUUUGUCUGUGCCACAACUGGAAAUGGUGAUCCACCAGAUAACAUGAAGACAUUUUGGAAAUUUAUUUUGAAAAAGAGUUUGCCUUCAAAUUCUUUGAGUCUUUUAAAUUAUGCUGUUCUGGGACUGGGAGAUUCCUCAUACCAAAAAUACAAUGUCAUUGGAAAGAAAUUAUUUCGUCGUCUUGAACAACUUGGAGGAGAACCAAUCCAGCCAGUUGGUCUGGGAGAUGACCAGCAUGAACUAGGGCCUGAUGCAGUAAUAGACCCUUGGAUCCAACAGUUAUGGCAGAACGUCUUAUCUCUCUUCCCAAUGUCUCCAGGACUAACACAGCUGCCUGAUGAUUAUCGUUUAUCUCCUAAAUAUGAACUGAAAUACCUUGAUCCUGAGGAAUCAACUGAAAGACCAGUUAGUGUUACUGACUCCAAGAUGCACCUGGCUGAAGUUCUUGUUAAUCAAAGAGUCACAGCAACCAACCAUUUUCAAGAUGUGCGAUUAGUGACUGUCGAUAUUUCCAAUUCUGGAUUUAGUUAUUCUCCUGGAGAUGUGUUGAUGGUUCAGCCUGAAAAUAGUUCUGAAUCUGUGCAAGAAUUUAUUGAAUGUCUGCAGCUUGAUCCAAACAAGCUUUUCAUUCUGAAACAAAAUGACCCUGAUGUCUCGUUGCCAGCAGAACUUCCUCAGCCAUGUUCCAUUUACCAUUUACUCAAGACAUAUCUGGAUAUCAAUGCCAUCCCACGGAGAUAUUUCUUUGAACUUAUGGCUUCUUUCUCAGAAGAUGAGCUUGAGAAGGAGAAAUUACAAGAAUUCACCACAGCAGAAGGUCAAUCUGACCGAUACGACUAUUGCAAUCGAGUACGAAGAACAACUCUUGAAGUUCUCCAAGACUUCAAACAGACUGUUCCUAAAAUUCCUUUUGAAUAUAUUUUUGAUCUAAUUUCUCCUUUGAAGCCACGCGCAUAUUCAAUUGCUUCUUCCCAAAAGAAAUCUGCUAUGACUGUGGAUAUUUUAGUGGCUGCUGUAAAAUAUCGGACCAAAAUUCAAAGACCAAGACUUGGCAUCUGUUCCAACUGGAUUACCAGCAGAGAACCACAUUCCACUCUGCCUGUUUGGAUAAAACCUGGCUCAUUUGUCUUUCCUGCAAAUCCGGACAUUCCUGUGAUAAUGGUUGGACCAGGAACUGGUUGUGCCCCUUUCAGGAGUUUCAUUCAAGAAAGAACAUCACAGAAUAUUGGAGAAACUUAUAUUUUCUUUGGCUGCAGAAAUCAGAAGAAAGAUUAUUUUUUUCAGGAAGAAUGGGAAAAACUUGAGCAAUCAAAUCUUCUUCAUGUAUUUCCAGCAUUCUCUAGGGACCAGGAAGACAAAGUCUACGUCCAACAUGUACUACUGAAACAGAAAGCUUUGGUGUGGAAUCUGUUGGAGGUAGAAAAGGCUUAUUUCUAUAUUGCUGGGAACGCCAACCAGAUGCCAAAUAAUGUGCGGGAUGCUGUCGUUGAAAUAGUCGAAACAGAAGGAGGAAAGUCAAAGAAUGAUGCCGACGAAUAUGUAAAAUAUCUUGAACAGACCAAACGAUACCAAGUUGAAUGUUGGUCUUGACCUAAUUUAUAUUGUUUGUUAGUAAUAAAUAAACGAAUGAGUAAACAUUUA